AUGGCUGAUGCUUUGAUGCUUCUAGAACUUGAUGUCGCCACACACCAGCAGACAGAAGAUCUGAGAAAUGCUUUGAUGCAGUCAUUGGUGAAAUGGAAGCUGAAGACUACAUCAGCAUGGGGUGAUGACUUGGAGUCUGAGGACGAAGGUGAUGUGGAGGGUCACAAGACCUUUGCUCGUGGUUCGUUGCCCACUGAUCUCAAGCUUUGGGCGAAUGAAAAGCUGAGUGAACUUCAAGGAUUUCAAGGCCGAAAUGAGCCGAAGACAUCGACGGAGGUGAGCGCGCCAAAGGCGAGACCUACUUCUGCGUGCGUAGGGAGACAUGGCAGUGGCUGA